AUGCCGUCGCCGACAUCGCGUAUGAGAUGGCUUAGAGCCAAGCUCUACUCCGUCCGAAACGGUACAGGCGCCGCGGUCCUCCCUCCUAAUAUCUCACGAAUAGCCCUGAGCUUUAACUACAAAAGCAACAAUGGGCAUAUGGGACCUAGAAAAUUCUUCCGUGAAUGCCUCCCCCGUCUAAAAUAUCACAACCCCGAAGUCGACAUGAUCGUAACCCGCAAAGAUGCCCUCGAAGGUCCCGCCACUCUCACAAUACACUUCUCGGAUGUACCCGUAGACAACAAACUACAGUUCAAAAAGAAGCAACCUACUACUCCAGUAGUCAGAGAAACUAUAUCCACAAUAGACAUUGAUAUGUUGAAUAGAUAUCCCGACGACAUUAUGGCGGAAUUGGUACAAAAGACUUCGGCGACAUUAUACUCAGAGCCACCGAGACCUCAGGAAUUAGAGGAGGAAGCAGAGUAUCUGGCUGCUAAGAGGGAGAACGAGUUGAAGGAGAAAUAUAAGUUGCAAAGAGCAGAUAGGAGGACAGGCAAGGAAGACCAGUUGAAGGGUGCUAUACUAGCAUAA